CGUGAAUCCGAGAUGCGGGGGACCCUUCACCGAGCGGCCACGGCGCGACGCACCCGCAAGACGCAUUCCAGGGUCUGCGCUGCGAUCCGCGGUCGGCCAAGGAUCGAGCAAGGACACCGUCGGAGGCUCACAGGCGCACCAUCAUGGGUCACGCUCUGGCGCACACCAUGCCGCCAGACGGCUCGCCUCGCGACGCGCCAUGCGACGGCUCCGAAGAGGCGGUCAGACGAGCGCCUCGCGGUACCUCGAGACACAAGCCAGGCGUCCGCGCCGACGACAGCGACGCUACUGCUGCACUCUCGCCUCCGAGGGCCAUGUCUCAGGUGAGUGCACCACCCGGAGGCUGCGGGCUUGCGAUGGUGCCCGCAGAGCGUCUAGUGCACGGGCAAGGCCGAGGCGCGUCGGCUGUCACGGCUCGGCCCUGCUCGCGCCUCGGGAUCCUGCUAGACAAGGUGUUGGUCUCGGCUUUGCGCAAGAUCAACCGCGACCGUGGUGCAUCUCGCCUGUCGACAGCUGUCAGCUCGAGCUCGACGCUGGGUGCGGGGCAAUGCGCUGCUGCUCCCAGGACUCCCAUGCAGGGUCCGGCGAGCGCGGCUCCGCCGCUGUGCAGCGCUGCACGCAGGCAGCAGGCAGGAAAGGCCCGACGCGCCUUGUGCGCGCAGGCGUCUCCUGCGCGUCCAUCGCAUGCACCCUUACCUAACGCAGCCGCCCCGCACAGCGCCAGUGCACUCAGACUCAGUUGCAGCUCUGCUUCCAUAGCGCCUAAUCUCCGUGCUCCGCCCGUCGGCUGCGGGCACAGGCAGAGCUCAGACGCCCAGCUUGCCUCCGCCGCACAAGGGUGCAGGCCACACAGCGCUACUGCGCUCGCGCGCAAGGGGCCGGCAAGCCGUGCGUGCCCGAGGCAGUGGCUCCGCUCACAGAUCUCUCCUAGUGCCAUCUCGCACUCGCUCCGACACGACCCUACGCAGCGCCAGGCCUGCCACGGCUCGGCAUAAACGGCGGCGUGCAGAUCACUCGGCCUCGAGGGUCGCAGAUUGCCGUGGCGCGCGACGCUCCCGUCCUUGCCUAGCGGGCCGCGCUCGGUGGCGCUCGGGGCACGCUAGCACGCUCCUCUCCUUCCUCUGCUCCUCCUCGCUGCACCUGCACUCUGCGCGGAGCUGGCCGCAGGAGGUCGAGCUGCUGCAGCGUGCCAACUCCGCCU